CCAGUGUCACUUGAGGUAGGUUUUUCUUUUCCCCAGGACACUUCCUCAUUUUUCUGUCCCAGCUCUCCUUCCUUCCACACACAGUCUCAACGAUGUUUGUCUUCUCGUGGUUUUCGGCUACGACCUGGACUCUGCUGGUUCUCUGUUUCACCCUCUUGUUGCUCUAUGGCAUUUGGCCUUAUAGGUUCUUCAAAAAGCUGGGAAUACCCGGACCACGGCCGCUGCCUUUCAUGGGAACAAUGAUGUACUUCAGGAAGGGGAUUGAUGUCUUUGACCGCGAGUGCCAAGCGAAGUACGGCGACGUCUGGGGGUUGUACGAUGGGCGGUCACCGGUGUUGAUGGUGUCAGACCCGGACAUGAUAAAGAGUGUGAUGGUGAAGGAGUGCUACUCUACGUUCACCAACCGCAGGGAAGACACUCUGGGUGGACCUUUUAAAGACGCCAUUACAGUGGUCAAAGAUGAGAGGUGGAAACGGAUUCGCAGCUCUUUGUCUCCGUGCUUCACCAGUGGAAGACUGAAACAGGUUUAUCCCAUCGUUGCUCGCUAUGCGGACCGGCUCGUCGAGAAACUUGGACAAAACAACGCGGACGACCCGGUCGACGUCAAACAGUUUGUGGCGCCGUACAGUUUGGACGUGGUGACCAGUGCGUCUUUCGGCGUCGAGGCGGAUUCCAUCAACAAUCCAGAUGACCCGACUGUUGUUAACGUCAAGAAGGUUAUUAACUUCAGACUCUGGCCUUUUUUUUUAUCAAUGAUAUUACCCUUUGGCGCUCAGCUGGUGAAGCUGCUGAAGAUCGAGAUUAUGCCCCAACUCAGUGUGGAUUAUUUCUUCAACAUCAUCAAGAGCUUUAAAGACCAGCGGUCUGCAGAAGAUUCUAGUCGAGCGGACUUCCUGCAGGUGAUGGUCCAGAGCGAGAUCCCGGACAUAAAGAACGGGCAGGAGCAGCCGAGCAAAGGCUUGACUGAACAGGAGAUCCUCUCCCAGGCCUUCAUUUUCAUCUUCGGCGGCUACGAGACCACCAGCACCACUAUCUCCUUCAUCCUCUACAAUCUGGCCACCAACCCCGACGCCAUGCACGUCUUGCAGGAAGAGCUCGACGCCAACCUGGACAGAGAUGCGCCGGUCUCAUACGAGGACCUGCUCCGCCUGCAGUACCUGGACCAGGUCAUCAGCGAGUCGAUGCGUUUUAUUCCCACGGCGCCGCGGCUUGAGAGGACCUGCAAAAAAACCACGCAGCUCCACGGCGUCACCGUCCCCGAGGGAACCCUUGUCGGGAUUCCCGUGUCCUUGUUACACAAGGAUCCGCGCUUUUGGAGCUCGCCUGAGCUCUUCAGACCAGAGAGGUUCAGUAAGGACAGUGGGGAGGAGGUGAACCCGUACGUCUACAUGCCGUUCGGCCUCGGGCCUCGCAACUGCGUCGGGAUGCGCUACGCCGUCCUCGUCGUGAAGAUGGUGAUCGUCCGCCUCCUGCAGCAUUACACUUUGGAAACGUGCCGAGACACCAUGAUUCCUUUAGAGUUUGACUGGAAGUUCCAGCCGACUAAGCCGAUAAAACUCAACUUUGUUCCCAGACGACACUAGUCCAGGAGCGAGGGAGAAGCAGUGUCGGAGCAGGACGCACUGUGAACACCACGACGUCUCAUCCUCGUGAAACAAGCGAAUUUAUCUGAUGUUUGAGUGAAAGGAAGAAAAAACGUAAACUUGACUUUGCCGCCAUCUGCUGGUUUAUAAUUAUAAUGCUAAUUUGUACUGUUACCUGUACGCGCUUCAACACAAGACACCGGAGGGGUUUUUUCCCCUUUGACCUUUCGUAGCUUCAGAUGGCGUAUGCAUCCUCUUUGAAUUGCUCUGUGUCUGUUUCGGGUUCUUUGUCUCUUUGUGAUUGUCUUGUGUCCUUAUGUAGUUUUUUUGUGAGUUUAUUUCUCUGUGGUUGUCGUGUCUAUUUGUGAUGAUGUUGUGUCGCUUGUCGUUGUUUUUGUGUCUUUGAGUUCCUUACACAUUUUCUCUUUGAAGAAGAAGAAAAAAAGAAGUUUUUUCACAGAAACUUCAGUGGAGCCAACUGGAUUUGUACCUUGUUGGAAAGUUAUUAAAGAGAAGUGAACAGUC